GUGUUCACAUGAGAAGUUUACCUCCUAGAUGCUGACAAUACUUUCUCAGUGGAGGACACAGCCAUAGAAGAAGACUGCCAGCCUACCAAGACGAAAUGUCUUGAAGGCCCACAUUUACACCAAAGGCCAGGCAAGGCCUGUGGCUCCUUGAUGCCUAAGGAAGAGGAAGAGAAAGACCAGGUGGCAAAGGAGGCUUCAGAGACAGAUCUGGGCCCAGAUCAAGAUGAAGAAGAGAACGAUCUUGGAGAUCCAGCUGUGCUCGAUGCCACCCACUACACCCAGCUGCCCUGGCAGGAGAGAGGUCUACUCAGCUCUCCUGGAGACAAGACCCCUGGUGUGCUGGGGAUGUCACCUGCCUCCUUGCACUUUCUAUGGCAGCCUACAUUUCCCAGCACCAGCUCUCCACCUCAGCAUUUUGAACCUCAACAGCCCCCGUUGGACCCAUCUCUCUUCGGCAACCCAUUGACCUCGUGGACUUCUAGGCUCAGUCAUCUGACCCAGCUCCACCCUCAGCACCGGAGGAUCUUGCUGAAGCAGCAGCAGCAGCAGCAACAGAGUCAAACACUAAGUCCCCCAGCCAAGAAGAUCUGGUUUCAGCAGCUAGACCCCUAUGCUAACCUCAUGACCCAAAAAGAGAAGGACUGGGUGAUAAAAGUGCAGAUGGUUCAGCUGCAGAGCGAGAACCCCCAUCUGAAUGAUUAUUACUACCAGAAAUAUUAUCAGAAGCUAGAGAAGAAGGCAGAUGAAGAACUACUUGGACAAAAGAACAGGGUUCAGUCUCCUAAACUGGUGACACCUUACAUUCAGAAGGCAGAGGCUUAUGAAUCAGUGGUUCGAAUUGAGGGCUCCCUGGGCCAGGUAGCUGUGUCAACAUGUUUUAGUCCUCGCCGAGCCAUCGAUGCUGUAUCUCAUGGAACUCAAGAGCAGGAUCCAGCAGCUGUAAGCAGUCAGAAGCUUUGGGUAUUAUGCAGGAUUGAGAAGAUGUUCCUUCAGUUACUAGAGAUAGAGGAGAGCCAGAAGGAUGGGCUUCCACAGUCCUGCUACUCUGAGCAGCAGAACAACCAGGUUGAGAAGCUGUUCCAAGCCUUAAAGACCCAGGAGCAAAACAAGCUGGAGGAGGCAGCAGAUAGCUUCUUGCAGGUGCUCUCUGUGAAGAAGGGGAAAACCCUGGUGGCCCGCCUGCUGCCCUUUCUGCUGCCUGAUCAGGCUGUUAGCCUUCUUCUGGUUAUUACCCACCAUCUGCCCCUUCUGGUCCGGAGGGAUGUGACUGACCAGGCCCUACACAUGUUAUUCAAGCCUCUGGGCAAAUGUAUCAGUCAUUUGACCUUCCACGAACUCCUCCAAGGACUUCAGGGGCUAAUGUUGCUACCACCUGGCUCCUCAGAGCGCCCUGUCAGUGUGGUACUUCAGAACCAGUUUGGAAUAUCUUUGCUCUAUGCCCUGCUGAGUCAUGGGGAGCAGCUGGUGUCACUGGAUUCUUCCCUAAAGGAACCCAAUAGGGACCACACAGCUUGGACAGACAUGGUGGUUCUGAUUGCCUGGGAGAUAGCUCGAAUGCCUACAGCCUCUCUGGCAGAACCCCUAGACUUUCCCAGCAACCUGCUUCCCCUGUUCUGUCACCACUUGGACAAACAACUGGUUCAGCAGCUAGAGCCCAGGAGUAACUGAUGGCAGAAAGAAGGUCACAGCCCAAUGUGCAAGCCCAAUCUAGAAUCUGUCUUUCACUGCCCUACUUCUUUAACAGGUUCCCGCUGGCUUGAACCACUGGUAGUACACAUGUGACUGUUUGAUUUGGGCAGCUUGUACACUGGUGGUAGAACUGGGACAGUAAUGCACGUACUACUGAUGGUUCGAGCUGCCAGCAGCGAGAUAUAUGAAUUACAGCCCCAUCUCAAACGUGUUAAACCAAGAAUAUGGAGGAUAAUGUCCUUUCAAAGUAGUUCAAGACACUGGCCCAAGUCUGAACCCUAUGUCCAUUUCUUCAACCAAACUUCUUCAUUUUAAACCUUGUUUGGUCAUGUAUAGUCAUACUGAGGGCAAGAGUUGAUAUGAAAAAAUGAAUUAUUCAUUCAUUCAUUCAAGCAUUUACAGCUGGGUGUGGUGGCAUAUGUUUGUAACC